AUGCACGACGUUGAAGCGGCUGAGAAGAAUGCGCUGGAUAUGAUUACUCGCCAGGUCGACAUCCUGCAACAAGAAAAUUGGAGAGAUUUCAUCGAUCCGGAAAUUUUGGCAAACAGUGAUGAUGACGAAUUCACGCGCUACGACAGCGAUCUGCCGGAAGGAGACAUUCUGGGACUCCAAACGCUGCAGCUGGGACAGGAAGCCGCAAACGCCGUAAGCGACGCCAGCUCUUUUUGGCCGAACAACACCAUUCCAUACGAAUUCUCCAAAAAGCAGAACGCAUUAAUGACGCCUAAGGAAAUUCAGAGUGUGUUGGAGUCUAUGCGUAUUGUUAGCCACCUGACCGGUAACUGCGUCAAAUUUGUGCAGCGCACCACCGAAGAAGAUUACAUCAGCUUUCAAAAAGGACUGCAGUGCAUGUCGAGUAUUGGUCGCAUUGGUGGGAAGCAAGCGGCAACAUAUUCGCCCGCAUGCCUCAAGCAGCACGGCGAUGUCCAGCACGAACUGAUGCAUGUUCUGGGUUUCUUCCAUGAACAUUCGCGAGCUGACCGAGACGAAUACGUUAAAAUCAUCUGGGACAACAUCGCCAAAAGUAAGGCUGGAUAA